UCUGAUUGGUUCAGAGUGUCAGACCCGGAUAUAUCUUAUUUACCGCUAAUGGUAACGUAGCCAGCUAAAGAGAAGUCGGACGUGUUGUGUUAUAUCAGAAACUUUGAUGGCAACGAAGCUUCAGCCACCUCUCCCUCCCAGGGAGUCGGGCGAGUUUGUAGCAGAGAGCAGCAAGGACGUGCGGGUGGAAGAGGAAGGAGUGCGGCGGGUGGCCGAGAUGCUGUACGCCCUGAGAGACAGCGAGGAGCUCACAGCAAGCGCCUGGAAGAAAGCCAACCCUCUGGCUCCUGCCCCUACCUCCGACCAAGCCCUCAACUGGGUCUUUGUGGUGGAUACCAUGAACUUCUCCUUCUGGCCAGAGCAGAAGGAGCAGCAAUGUGAGGUCACCCAUAAAGGGACUACUUACCGGGGGUACAUGACCCUGUGUGCUGCCAUCACCAGGGCGAUGGACGAGGGUAUACCCAUCACCGAGCCCUCUUACUUCUCCCAGAUCAGUGUGGAGGACUUGAGCCGUGUUCUGCGGUCGGACAACGCCAGCCCCAUGCCCAUGCUACGGGAGCGCCACAGGGUGCUGACCGAGGGCGGACGCGUCCUGAUGGAACACGGAGGAAGCUUCCGGAGCUUCAUAGGUCGGGCGGGGAGCGACGCCCGCAAGAUGGUGGAGCUCAUCGUGGACAGGCUGCCCUCGUACAGAGACGAGGCCGUUUACGAGGGCCUGAGGAUCUCGUUCUACAAGCGAGCCCAGAUCCUGGUGGCCGACUUCUGGGGCAUCAUGGAGGCGAGGGGGGAGGGGGAUAUCCCUAACCUGGACUACCUCACCAUGUUCGCAGACUACAGGGUACCUCAGGCCCUCGUUUACCUGGGAGCGCUAAGCUACUCUGACACUUUGAUGGAAACCCUGAAGAAAGGUGAGCUGCUGUGUUCAGGGGACCGAAGAGAGGUGGAGAUCCGUGGAUGUUCCAUCAGGUGUGUGGAAAGGAUCAGGGCCCACCUUGCCAGCCUGGUGGAGCAGAGAGAUGGACAGAGCUGCAGCAUCAACUCUGCUGUCAUAGACUUCUACCUGUGGCCGUACGCUAAGGAGCACCACCAAGAGAUGGCUCACAUUCCGAUACACCACACACGCUGUGUAUACUACUGAAUAAAUAAAUAAACUGGUUGGA